AUGCUCUCGGCGAUGCGCACGCGCCCUCGCUCGGUGGCGCGGGGGGCGCUGCGGCAGGCGACGCUCGUCGAGCAGCACCCGAGCGUCGCGCGCAAGAGGCAUACAGACGCUGCCGAGGUGCAGUGCGCGCCGAAGAAAGCGCGCGCGCGCACGCCGCGUCGCCGCACGCCGCCGCCGCCACCCGAGUCGAUCACGGAGCAUGUCGCACGCAAGACGGCCCUGUCCGUGACCGACCUCGUGUCGCCGUCGUGGUGCGAGUACGCGUACCUGUACAAUAUCCUCGCGCAGUCGCACCUGCCGCUGUGGAAGCGGCCCCAGUCGAUCACCACACCAGACGGCAACGUGCUCACGCCGAGCUGGGCGCAGCUCCAGGCACGCGAAGAGGUCCUCGCGCGGGGCACCGAGAUCCACGACGCACUCGAGCGCGAGGUGCAGCCGGUCGAGCUCACAUUCCGCUUCGAGACGCCGGCCGACGAGUGGGCGCUGUACGUGCUCCAGUUUGCCGCGAGUCUCUGCGCCGCACGCCGCGGCCGCGCACGCGAAGUGCCGGUGCUCGGCUUUGUGCACGGGCGCCUGGUGCGUGGCAUUGUCGACGAGCUGCGCUUCGAGAAAGGCGGCGUGGUCGUGUCGGAUACGAAAACCCGCCAUAGCGCGCGGCUGCCGUCCGAGGCCGACCAGAUGCAGGCGCGGCUCCAGUGCAUGCUGUACAAGCGCCUGAUCGACGGGCUGUACACGGGCAUCACUGGCACCGAGAUGCCGGGGCGCGAUCCGCACGCCGAGCCAGUCGCAUUUGCGGCUGUCGCCGAGACGCUGCGCAUCGAUCUCGACGCGCGGCUUUCGGACGCGUUCCUCCAGGACGUCGCCGAGAUGAUUGCGACGACAGCCACGCCGUGGCACGUCGCACAGGUCGACGGCCUAUCGCUGCGCACCGCCGUCGACCUCGCGCGCGAGGCGCUCCUCCUCCUCCUCCAAGAUACCCCCAUGCCGAUCGGCGAAAAGCUCGAGCUGGUCUAUGUGUGCCGCGGCAACGCCAAGCCGCUCGGCGUCGAGGCGUUUGCGGAUGCGCCCGACGUGCUGCAGACCUACCUCUACCACCUCUUUACGCUCCUGCGAGGCGUGCGCCGGCCAGAAGGCGUCGACGUGCAGAGCACGCGCCGCUGCGACAGCUGUGCGUGGCGCGAGGGAUGCGAAUGGCGCGCGGCGCAAGCAAGCGCGGCGCUCGAGCGCGUACGCCCGGCGGCGCUGCCUUUGCCGGUGGCGUUCGCCUCGAGCGACGACGAGGCGCUCUGGAGCGAGUUUUCGCUCGAUCACCUCGUGGAUCUACAGUGGUAG